CUUGCAGAACGGCAGGCAGUCUGGCAGGAGCUUUGAGAGGCAGCAAAGCAGGUGGGGACAUCAGGGAGAACCUAGCUCUUUGCCUCCUGCCUGGGUGCUCCCGGGCAGGACGCUGACUGCUGGCGGCCACUAGCCUGCCCAUCAGGUGCUUAUGCUACUCACUCAGCCUCAGGGCCCACUGGGGCACCUUGGAGGAGCUGCGGCUCGGUGGGGAAGGGGUGCAGUCAGGACUUCUUCCAGUUCUAUUGGACCCUGAGCCCAAGACGCACCAUCGUCCAAGGGUCUUGGAGGCCACGGGGGCGGGGGCGUUGAGCAGGGGCCCUUGGACAGGGUCAGAUUAAGGAUGUAGGAAAGCUGAUGCUGCAGUGAGGUUGCUCUGCCCCUGGGGGGUGAAGGCAGGGACAGGGACCACAGGGGACCCUGCCUGAUUGCUAUGAGCAGUGCCAUCAGCCACCAGUGCUGGGCCCUGAGUUCCAGGGCCUUCCCGGGACUGCCCUCCACUCCAAAGGACUUCUGGAAGGACCCUCUGCACCAGCCCCCCCGGGAAUGAGCCUGAUGCUCCACCGAUUUCUGAGGAAAUUCCAGCCCAGCCAAACCAGGGGCUUCCAGCUGAUCACGGCCUCUGACCCGUCCCGGUGCUCUGACUGACUGGCCACAAGGACAGAGAGUGAAUCCUGCCCAGCCCUUGAGGGAUCAGUCUGCUCGGCCAAGGAGCCCGGGGAGCCGUGGGUGGCACCAGUGUCCAGCCUGCCUCGAGGAGGCCCCGGCCAGACCAUGGCAGGAGCCUGCGACAGGGCCCCUGACUUCCUCUCCCCAUCUGGAAACCAGGUCCUGUGGCCUGCCCUGGGCAGUGUGGUCACUCUGAACUGCACGGCCUCGGUGGUCUCUGGGCCCCACUGCCCCUUGCCCUCGGUCCAGUGGCUGAAAGAUGGGGUGCUGCUGGGCAAUGGAAGCCACUAUGACCUCCAUGAGGACUCCUGGGUCAAGGCCAACCGGUCAGAGGUGCUUGUGUCCAGUGUCCUGGGGAUCAACCUGACCAGUACUGAAGACUUCAGGACCUUCACCUGCUCCGUCCAGAACAUCAGCUCCUCAUCCUUCACUCUUUGGAGAGCUGGCCUGGCUGGACAUGUGGCCGCGGUGCUGGCCUCACUUCUGGUCCUGCUGGUCCUGCUCCUGGCAGCGCUGCUAUACGUGAAGUGUCGACUCAAUGUACUGCUCUGGUACCAAGACACGUAUGGGGAGGUGGAGAUGAACGACGGGAAGCUCUACGACGCCUACGUCUCCUACAGCGACAGCCCCGAGGACCGGAAGUUCGUGAACUUCAUCCUGAAGCCGCAGCUGGAGCGGCGUCGGGGUUACAAGCUCUUUCUGGACGACCGCGACCUCCUGCCGCGCGCGGAGCCGUCGGCCGACCUCCUGGUGAACCUGAGCCGCUGCCGGCGCCUCGUCGUGGUGUUGUCCGACGCCUUCCUCGGCCGGGCCUGGUGCAGUCACAGCUUCCGGGAGGGCCUGUGCCGGCUGCUGGAGCUCACGCGCAGACCCAUCUUCAUCACUUUCGAGGGCCAGCGGCGCGACCCCGCACACCCUGCGCUCCGCCUGCUGCGCCAGCAUCGCCACCUGGUGACCCUGCUGCUCUGGAGGCCCGGUUCCGUGACACCUUCCUCCGAUUUUUGGAAAGAGCUACAGUUGGCGUUGCCUCGGAAGGUGCAGUACAGAGCGAUGGAGGGAGACCCCCAGACCCGGCUGCAGGACGACAAGGACCCCAUGCUGAUUGUGCGAGGCCGGGUCCCAGAGGGUCGGACCCUGGACCCGGAGCUGGACCCUGACCCUGAGGGGGACUUGGGUGUACGAGGGCCUGUCUUUGGGGAGCCAGCAGCUCCACCGCAUGCAAGUGGGGUCUCGCUUGGAGAGGGCCAAGGCAGUGAGGUGGAUGUGUCGGACCUUGGCUCCCGAAACUACAGUGCCCGCACGGACUUCUAUUGCCUGGUGUCGGAGGAGGACGUGUAGCCCCUGCCCCCUGGAGCAGCAGGAUCGCCGGGGACAGCUGGGGGCAGGGCUGGGGUGGGUUUUUUCCCACUCAGCAGGACCAUGAGCCCUGUCUGCCUGCAGCCCUGGGACCUCGGGGAGGGAGAGUGGCAGAAAUAAAGUCCUUUGGA